UACAAACCAAAACAACACCAAGAGCCAGUUGGUUCGCGUCUCUCACCCAGAUAACUCGAUGUGAUUCCCGGGGUUUUUAUUUGCUAAUUAAAAGCUCGCUUAACGCCACAUACACAUUUUCAAUCUGUAUUAUAUUAUGUACUCGAUGCAAGCAAAACAAAAAUUGACUGCAUUUCGCACUCAAAAUUGAAUGUAUACAAAGUGAAGCUGUGCUUGAAACAGCAACAGGACCCACGAUCACCUGUUACUUACAUACGACAAGUUAACCCGGACUGAAAUCUCUACUUAACGAUGAUUCAGAUACUGACACAUCGACCCAAUUAUAGUCCUCUCGUGGUGUUUAUGCUCCUCCUCAUAGACCACCGACUGAUUAUUGUGGGUUCUAGUUUUCAAGUGCUGCAAAGCUCAUCCGAAAAAUACUUAAACUAUGAACCGAUGCAGGGAAAAGUGGAGGAUCUGAAGCUGCCAGAGGAUCGGGAAUUGGUCGUCCGACUGCCAUCAAACUCACUGCUCAAAUAUACGUCCUACAAGGAUGUGUCCAUUCUGCACUUUAAUGUUCUGCAGGACACAAGGACUGCCUACUUCACCUUUAAAGCGUAUGAGGAUCCCAAAAGUGCCUUUCAACGCAAGUGCAAGCCCAAGGAUGUUACGCUGCAUCUGAAGGCCAGCAGUUAUCCAGUAAUAAGUCCGGAAAAUAUUACUUUUCCCAAGAACUUCUUCAGUUCAGAUCAGAGAUUUAAGGUGUAUGACCUGCAGUUCCUCUCCGAUGAGAAGCAGCAGCAAAUCACCAUCGAGGCACCUCACAUUGGCAACUGGUUUGCAGUGGCAUUUGUGAGUUGGUCGGAUCCCAAUAAUGAUCGAAUUGAGCAACAAGGACUCACAGCCUCAUGCGACACAUUACUGUUUGCCGAGAUGUCCGUGAGCCGUUUCCGUCCCAUAAUUUUAAAUAGCGACCAGGAGCAUCAGGCCAAUUUAACGAGCCAUGUCCUAUCCGUUAAUAAAACUAAAAAAGUGGAUGCAAAUCUCAAAGAAGUUGGCGGUGACAAUACCUCUAGGCCGCUACGAUCGCUGCCACCUAAGCAACAGAAACUGAAACAUCCGGAAUUGAACAAUUUUACUGAUAAUACGGAUCAGAGUAAACCUGCUCCCAUCCAGAAUUCCACGGAAAACCACAAUGUUACCAUAACACACACCGCAAACAAUGAGAUCAUCUAUCGAUUCUAUGUUCCCGACGAGAUUGGCGAUGCCGCGGCUCGGAUUGCCUUUAAUCAAAUCUGCGAUGAGUGUCCGGAGGUGGGUUUCCAUGUCCGGGCCAAUGGAUAUCCGCUGGGAGGCACAGAUCAGGGUCAUGGGACCAUCAUUACGGCAAACCAAACCGAUGAGAUUUCCAUACCAUUCGGUGUGCAGCCCAACACCUGGCACUAUGCAGCUCUGGGAUUUGCCACAAAUGAGAGCUUGGCCAAUUUUAGUGUAUCCUAUACCCUGCAAAUUGAUUACAUCGCCUCCAAGAUUGUGUCCAGGAAACCCAGAGAUGGCAAUGAUGAUAGCUUUAACAGCAGCACCAGUUCAAACAUUAGUUCCAGUUCCAGCUCCAUACCCAAUGCCUGGACACCAACUCCCUUCCGAGGGAUGAACUUUUACUCGCUGCUGCGACAAACCUACCGCGAGUUCUUCAUGUUCGACUACGAUCUCCGACCGGAUGUCAAUGGCACGGUGCCUGUCACACUCAAUCUCACGGCCCAGACCCACUCGGGCUUCGCCUUUGACGUGGGUGAAGUGUAUGACAUCGGUGGAACCCUUACCUUUGCCCUUUCCAUGCAGGAGGAGCACCGGGCCAGCUUGAAGAUGGCUCCGCCCACGCAGCCGCCAGAUCUGGGUGGCAUCCUGGCUGAACGCUUGAUCGGAGAUCCCAAAGAGGCGGUGGUGCCGGUGGGUAAGACCUUAGUGGCCUCUGGCAAUCAGAGCAUGCAGAUUGUGGUGUGCAUGCAGCUGGGUGAGCCGGGGGAGCCCACCUGGCCGGACAAGUGUCUCUACGGGCAGAAACUGAAGCAGGCCUCCAUCAUUGUCAAUCACACCGAAAGCAUGGGAGUCAUUCACGUGCCCUUUCCCGAGAGUGGACGAUGGUACGUUACCAUGGGCCUCUUCUGUCAUGGAGCCGAAACAGCUCGGGUAACUAUCAUGGAGAGUGUCAAGGAGUUCAUAAGGAAGCACCAGGAUCUGCUGGAGGAUAUGCGACCGCCUUGCGACUGCGCAGCUGGCUUACCCCGCUUCUCGGCCUGCCUCAAGGACUUGGAUUGCCUUGCGGCAAUGAACGAACCUGAGACACUGAAGAUUAAGGAGUGCAUGAUGGACUCCAAGUGCACUACCGAAUUCCGCCAGAUGACACGACUGUUCGAAGAGCACCACAAGGCGGCGAUGGAGCAGCAUGUGGGCACAGAUAAUUGCAACACCUCGGUGGUGUUCACCGUAUCCUCCAGUCCUUGUGUGGCCGGUAGAUGUGGUCGAUUUGGGCGCUGCUAUCACUACAUGUCCGGCGGUUUCGUCUUCUCCACAUGCGUCUGCUCCAAGGGCUACCGGGGCUGGGAUUGCACGGAGGACUCACAAGUGCCCACCAGCAUGUCCAUCCUACUGGCCACACUACUACUUACGCUGAGCAAUCUGCUCUUCUUUCCCAGCAUCUAUAUGGCGGUGAAGCGGCGCUACUACACCGAGGGCGUCAUCUACUUCUUCGCCAUGUUCUUCUCGAUCUUCUACCAUGCCUGCGACGCCGGCGAGGACGAGUAUAGCUUCUGCCUGGUGAAGAUUGGGGUCCUGCAGUUCUGUGACUUCUACUGCGGCCUGCUGAGCAUCUGGGUGACUCUGGUGGCCAUGGCCCAUGUCCGCUCGGAUUUUGUCUCGCUUCUGCAUAUGUUCGGGGCGAUUCUCCUGGCCUUUGGCACGGAGCUAAAUAAGCAGAGUUUAUGGGUCUUUCUGGCCCCGGCAUUGACGGGGAUCUGCCUGAUCUCCACUAGCUGGGGUCUGCGUUGUGCCAAGUCCCGGAAGCUGUUUCCCUCGCGUCGUUAUCUCUCCGUCUGGCUGCCUUUUGGGUUAACCUUGGUGAUCGCCGGCCUUGUAUGCUACGCCUUCCUGCAGACCAAGCAGAACUACCACAUCGUGCACUCCAUCUGGCACAUGGUAAUGGCACUAAGCAUCCUGUGCCUCCUGCCCUCGAGAAAGACCUUCCUGCCGAAGUGCUAGCACGCGGAGAGCAGUUCUCAGACCAGGGAGCUCCUGCUAACUGAUCAGGAGUUCCACAUGUGAGAGGAGGAGGACCCUUAGCUUUCGCAAACACGUUACAGGACCUAGACCCGUAGAUAUAAAACCUAUUCUAGAUUGUACAGUACGUAAUAAAUACUCGUAGAUAUAGUUGGAUAAAUGAGAAUAAUGGAGCACUGAAAGUUCACUAACACUAUGGAUGAAAAAACUAUAUGGAUACAGAUACUUGAUCGUUACUACGUUUGUUUAUGCAUCAUCAGCCACAUGAAGCUAUCACUAUGAUUUAUUAUUUAUGGAGUACACUAUUUCAACAGCCUUACUAAAUUUAAUGAAACGCACGCAUGGAAAUGUGUAUCCCAUAACCGAAGGUGUACAUAGAUACUUGUUGUUAAAUAAAUCGCAGACUGUAAGAAUAGUUAAUAAAUAGAACGUACUAUAAAAUACCAUAUGCACUAAUUUAAACAGAAUCAAUGUAUCGAAAUUCUCAUUGAGGCAAUUGAAGUGGUAGCCUAAGACUUCAAUU